AUGGCCUCUAUCGAUGAAUUGUUGAGGAUGCAGACUCACCUGAUGAGCGCAAUAUCUCGCGCGCUUCCUAAUUUCAAGAAGUUGGGACAAGCCAAGAUGACCCCUGCCGUCACUCGGCAGCGCCUCACCACUCUCAAGGAAACCUUUGCCAAAUGCCAAGAGCUGGAUGUUCAACUUUUAGCUGCGGACGAGAAAGUGAAGGCGACUCAUGCGUACUUCACCCAAAAUUAUUUCCUAACCUGUGAGGAUUGUUACAACGAUGCAGCCGAUUUCAUGGCUGAACUACUGGACAGUCACGAAUCCCGCGAAUCCUCUUCCGCUGCAUAUGAAGUAAGUGGGAUUAAUCAUUCAUUUCGGGCCAUGUCACAUCUGCCGAGAAUCAACUUGCCGACGUUCGACGGAACCUUCGAGAAAUGGGAAAGUUUUCGCGACAAAUUCAAAUCGAUGAUCUGCGAUGAUCAUAAUUUAACGAAUGUUGAUCGUAUGCAUUACUUGUGUUCCUGUGUAAAAGGAAGUGCAAGUAACGUUCUUGACCAUCUAGCGGUUACCAAUAAUAAUUUCACUAUCGCUUGGAAUAUUCUCGUGUCUCGGUAUGACAAUAAACGUCGCCUUAUUACGGUACAUUUACAAUCGCUUGUCAAUUUACCUUCGAUCGCUUCAGAGACCUCCAACGACCUUCGUUCCCUUCGCGAUCAAACGAAUAAAGCUCUUCAAGCGCUAAGCAAUCUCGGCUGCGCUACCGAACACUGGGAUGAUUUGCUUGUAUUUCUAGUGUCACAAAAACUUGAUAAAUCAACACGAAAGGCGUGGGAACUUAAGCUCGGCGAUACGGUGGAAUAUCCACGUUACAGCGAGCUCGAUCGUUUUCUCGAAGCUCGCAUUCGCGCGUUCGACGCAAUAGCACCCGCGACUUCAAAAGAUAAAUCACCGACGACCUCCAAAGGCAAAACACUUGCCUCACAUGCCGCGUCUACCGCUCCGUUCUUAUGUCCAUUAUGUAAAGCGAACCAUCUAUUGUAUCAAUGCGCUACGUUUUUAAAGCAAACUCCCGUUCAACGGUUCGAUUUCAUUAAAACCCAAAAGCGAUGUUCCAACUGUUUCAGUGUAAAACAUUCUGUUAAGGAUUGUACGAAUUCUCGCUCGUGCAAACAAUGUAAUAAACGGCAUCACACGUUACUACAUUUUGACACCCCCGCUCAGCCACUCGCUACUGAGCCACCGUCGACGUCCACGACCGCGAAUAUUGAGAGUCUAAGCGCCGUUGCGUCGCAUUUAAUAACAAAAACAGUAGCACCGAAUUCUCAAAUCUUACUCGCAACAGCCCGCGUACGCGUUUAUUCGUCUCAUAUAUGCUUUGUAAAUGCUCGUGCGCUCCUUGAUCAAGGAUCUGUCGCUACCUUUAUAACAGAAUCGCUUGCGCAACGCCUUCGACUUAAGAAAAUUAAUCGUUCCGCCUUCAUCACCGGUAUAAGCGAAAUGCAGUCCGUCGUGCGUUACGCUGCUCAAAUCACCAUUACCCCCGCGGAUCGCAAUGGACCUGCUUACUCGACAAUCGCGCUUAUAUUACGAUCAUUAACCAAAUACGUGCCAAAUCGAGUCCAGACCGUUCAUGACUGGAGCCACCUCAGGGGACUUAAGUUUGCCGAUGGUGACCCUAUGAGCUCAGAUCCGAUUGACCUUAUCAUCGGUGCCGAUCUAUUCGGCCUGCUCAUCCUCAACGGAGUUCGAAAGGGAUCUCCAAAUGAACCUACCGCGCAAAAUACCUCUCUCGGUUGGAUCCUUUCAGGACCAACAGCCUCGUUUUCAGCUAAUCAGUCUACUAUCGAAUUUGCGCAUCACGGUGUUGUCCUUGACACUCUCGAUCGCGAUCUUCGUCGAUUCUGGGAGAUCGAGGAAGUCCCUAGGCAAAUUCUUCGCAGCCCUGAGGAACAUCAGUGCGAUGAACACUUCAGAACAACACACACACGCACGUCUAACGGACGCUAUAUAGUACGACUGCCGUUUAAAAUCGGACCGCCAAUCUCAUUAGGCGAAUCUCGCUCUCACCCGAUUUCAAGCUUUCAUCGCAUGGAACAACGCCUACUUCGCGACACAACCAAAGCUUCCCAGUACCGCGAUUUUCUCACAGAAUAUGAAACCCUCGGUCAUAUGACCAAAGUUACACCUGCCAAACUUGUUACAUCAAACCAAGUUUACUAUAUCCCUCAUCACGCUGUCCUACGCGACAGCAGCGCAACCACCCGACUCCGAGUAGUCUUCAACGCGUCAUGCCGUACUUCAAACGGGAUGUCGUUGAACGAUCAUAUGCUCAUUGGCCCCAAACUGCAAAGGGACUUAGCCACGGUCAUCAUGCAGUGGCGCCAAUACCGUUACGUAUUCACCGCCGACAUUGAAAAAAUGUACCGGCAAAUUUUAGUCGAUUCCCGCGACACCCACUACCAACGCAUUGUAUGGCGACCGAACUCCGGUGAACCAAUCACGGAGUACCGUCUUCUCACCGUAACCUACGGCACAGCUGCCGCUCCCUAUUUAGCCCUCCGAGUCUUAGAUCAGCUUGUAGAAGAUGACGGAGCCAAAUUUCCGCUAGCCGCCCCUGUUCUCCGUCAUCAGACAUAUGUCGACGACUGCGCCUUCGGCGCCGACGACAAAAAUCUCGCUCGUCAAACACGCGAUCAAUUAAUAGAAUUGCUUAAAAGGGGAGGCUUUCGCCUUCGCAAAUGGGCGAGUAACGACUCGGAUCUGUUAUCCGAUAUCGAUUCAUCCGAUCAUGGUUUAGCUACCCAUAAAGUCAUGCGAGACGAUGAACACAUUAAAGUAUUAGGAAUAAUUUGGAAUCCUAAAUUCGAUAUAUUUCAAUUUCGCGUCAUUUUACCAUCGUCACCCGCCUUCACCAAACGAGUCAUUCUGUCGACAACGACUAAGUUUUUUGAUCCUUUAGGAUGGGCUACCCCUGUCACUGUCACCGCCAAAAUUUUCUUGCAACGAUUAUGGACUCUUCAUUGCCACUGGGAUGAUGAAAUCCCUCGCCAACUUCUUGAUUGUUGGAUGGACUACUAUAAACGACUUCCGUGUCUUAAUGCUCUGAGCAUACCGCGCUGGACCACUUCCAGUUCUCAGACGGUACACCGCGCCCUUCACGGCUUUUCCGACGCAUCGACAGCAGCGUACGCUGCAGUGGUGUAUCUUCGCACCGUCAAUCACGACGGCUCUGUUACCGUAACUCUUCUAACUGCCAAAUCAAAAGUGGCCCCUCUUAAAACAAUAAGCGUUCCCCGCUUAGAAUUGUCCGCUGCAAUGCUCCUCGCGCGGUUAAUUCAAUUUACGCGCUCAGCGCUUCAGCUCCCGAAUAUAGAGUGUCAUUGCUGGACUGACUCCACCAUUACACUUGCCUGGUUGAAUCAGCCACCGUCCAGAUGGAAAACUUUUGUAGCCAACCGUGUUUCGACUGUUCAAUCACUAAUCCCCGAAGUCCCAUGGCGUCAUGUCAUGACGCAAACAAAUCCAGCGGACUGCGCAUCACGCGGCAUCGCUCCUGACUUACUGGAGAAGCAUGACCUGUGGUGGUCAGGCCCUCCCUGGUUACGACAACCUCCCGAGUCUUGGCCUCAGUUGUGCCCUUCGGUCCCUUCCAACGCUCCUCUGGAACACCGCUCGGAUCCCCCAGUAUGUACAUUACAUGCCACAUCAACCUGGGAUCUCGAGUCUCGUUAUUCUUCGUGGCCAAAAUUACUAAGGAUCACCGCGCAUCUUUAUCACUUUCUGAAUCGACUCCGAGCUUGUAAGGAUUCACUAUAUUGUGCCGGUCCGUUGCUUCCCGAAAAAUUUCAGCAAGCCAAGAGUUACUGGCUUGGUCGGAUGCAGUCGCACAUGUUUCCGAGUGAGAUUGCAGCUCUAAAUCAACAGCGUCCGCUGCCAAAAAACAGCCCGCUCUCAACUCUGAACCCUUAUUUAGAUAAGGAGGGACUUAUUCGCUUGCGGGGGAGACUCCGACGAGCCAACCUCCCGGGAGCGACGAAGAAUCCCCUCGUCUUGCGGUCACACCCGCUGGUGGUACUCAUUAUUCAGCAUCAUCACCUUCGGAUGCUGCAUUCCGGCGUUCAAUUAACGCUCGCAUCAUUGCGAAGCGAAUUCUGGAUUCUCCGCGCCCGCGCUACAGUUCGAGGCGUUCUUUAUAAAUGUAUACAAUGUACGCGAGAACGUGCCAACAUACCCACUGAACUCAUGAGUGAUCUUCCGGCCGAAAGAGUUAACCGUACUGUACGCGCAUUUAUUCAUACCGGUGUCGACUACGCAGGCCCGAUCGCCGUCCGAACAAAUCCCGGACGAGGACAUAAAUCGCGGAAAGCAUAUAUCGCGUUAUUCGUCUGCCUCACGACUAAAGCUCUACAUCUAGAGUUAGUCAGUGAUUAUACUUCGUCUACCUUCAUUGCAGCGUAUCAGCGGUUUGUGUCCCGCCGAGGAUUACCGAAAGCUAUGUAUUCUGAUAACGGCACUACUUUUCAUGGCGCCAGUCGAGAAAUGUCCAACGCGCAUGCAAAAGCGAUUCGCGAGAGCUCCUUUCAAAACCAACUCGCAACCGAUGGAACUGCGUGGCAUUUCCUCCCCCCCUCAGCGCCGCACUUCGGCGGCCUGUGGGAAGCUGGAGUCAAAAGUGUCAAGCAUCACUUAAAGCGAUGCAUCGGUCUCCACACGCUCACCUUUGAGGAGAUGUCCACGCUUCUCUGUCGGAUCGAAGCGUGUCUAAAUUCGCGCCCGAUCGCUCCCGUUUCAGAUAAUCUCGACGAUUAUCACGUGCUGACCCCCGGUCAUUUUUUAGUGGGUACGCCCCUCACCGCUCCUGCCGAACCUAGCGUGCUCGACUUGAACGAAAACCGACUUUCGCGCUGGCAAAUGAUUCAACGUAUCACCGAAGGUUUUUGGAGGUUCUGGUCGAAUGAUUACUUGCACACCCUUCAACAACGCCCAAAAUGGCGCACGGUUCAGCGAUUGGCCAAAAUCGGUCAAAUCGUCCUUGUACGGAACACUUUGGCUCCACCAAGUCACUAG